AUGCUAGCGGUUGCGCUCCCCAAGGAGUCCCGUGAGGCUACCAUGUGUAAAGGGUUUGGCUCCACUCUAAUUGGACCCGCCUUGCAAUGGUAUAUCAAUCUCCCUACUAGGUCCAUCUCUUCCUUUCCCGGCCAGAGCGACAAGUUUGUAGAACAAUUCGCGAGUAGCAGGAGCCUGGAGAAGACUUCAGACGGUCUCUACCAGAUCCUUCAGCGUCGAGUAGAACCCCUGCGGCACUACCUUGCCCAUUUCAAUGAAGAGAAGGUAGCAGUCGCUGAAUGCAGCAUCCCUACCGCAAUCUCUGCCUUCAAGAGAGGCCUACUUCCAGACAGAGGGCUCUACAAAGAGCUAACCAUGUACCCUUGCAAAACCAUGGAGGAUGUGCUAUCCCGAGCGUGGUCACAGGUGAAGUGGGAAGAGGACAUCGCUAGCCGCGCCAAGGCUCAACCCAAACAGGAUCAGAAGUCCACCCGAUCAGACCGGGGAGACCGAGAAGAAAGAUCCUCCCAAAAGGGAUCCAAGGACUCCGGAAGCAGGAACCGGGGCAGGUUCCAAUACCGGCCAUUAGAAAAAGAAGAGGGGAUGUAUGUGUCUACUUGGCCCGAUAUCUCCCAUCUCUCAAUAUCCACACCAGAGCUGGUCAACACGCUGAGGCAGAUGGGCCAACAGGUCAAACUGCAUCGCCCUGAAGAUCGAGGUCAACGAACUGCUCCAAAAGGGGCAUCUCCGAGAAUUCCUUUCAGAGAAAGCCAAGCUCAUCUUAGCAAAGAAGCAUCAGGGAAAUCUAAAGGGGACGCACCAAGCUCACAACCUCGCCAGAACCGGGUGAUUCAUGUCAUCUCAGGAGGCUCUGAAGUAAGUGGCGUGAGUCAUGCAGCUGCGAAGAAGAGCACCCGUAAUGCUAAACACGGCCUGGAGACUACUCAACCUAAACGUCUACUUCUAAGUACCGACGAGAUAAGCUUCACAUCCAAGGAGCAAGAGAAGAUAUUAGCUCCCCACCAUGACUCUCUAGUUGUCUCUCUCACCAUAGCGAACUGUUUGGUGAAAAGAAUACUAGUAGACAACGGGUCCUCCAGCAAUAUCAUCUUCCUGACGGCGUACCAAGACCUAGGGUUAGAGGAGAAUACCCUGACGCGCAAAGUAACCCCACUCAUCGGGUUCAGCGGCGAGGUCAAGCAAACUGCUGGGGAGGUUGUUCUGCCAGUAUAUGCUGAAGGGAUCAACCUAUCUACCAAAUUCCAGGUCGUGGAUUGCCAAUCGGCAUACAGCAUGAUCUUAGGACGACCCGCGAUUCACGACAUGGGAGCAGUCCCCUCAACCCUCCAUCAAAUAGUGAAGUUCCCUACACCCUGGGGCAUCAGAGCAAUCCGAGGAGACCAGGAGAAUUCUAGGUCCUGCUACCAGACCACCUUAAAAGGGAAGACCAAAGUCUUAUAG